CCGCCGCGGUCAAACCCUAGACCCACCCCCUCCCCCCAUGGCGCACCAGCUCUCCGCCCCCUUCCGCGCCGGCACGGCUGCCGGCGCCGCCGGAUCCCGCGCCGCCACCGCGCGUCCCGAUCCCGCCAAGGUGUUGCGCAUGAUAAGUGCUGGCUCAGCUCAGUUCACCUCAAUCGCGUCUUCCUCUUCCUUUGCUAGGAACAUCGAGCCUCUGAGAGCAAUAGCUACACAGGCACCCCCUGCUGUCCCACAAUAUUCGAGUGGUGAGAAGACAAAGGUCGGCAUCAAUGGGUUUGGACGAAUUGGGCGGUUGGUCCUGCGAAUUGCAACCAGUAGAGAUGAUAUUGAAGUUGUGGCUGUUAACGAUCCUUUCAUUGAUGCGAAGUAUAUGGCCUACAUGUUCAAGUAUGACUCCACUCAUGGUCCAUUUAAAGGUUCCAUUAAGGUUGUGGACGAUUCAACCCUGGAGAUCAAUGGAAAGAAAGUCGCAAUCACAAGCAAAAGAGAUCCUGCAGAUAUUCCUUGGGGCAACUUUGGAGCUGAGUAUGUUGUUGAAUCGUCAGGUGUUUUUACAACAACUGAAAAGGCAUCAGCACAUUUGAAGGGUGGUGCUAAGAAAGUUGUAAUAUCUGCCCCAUCAGCAGAUGCUCCCAUGUUUGUUGUUGGAGUAAAUGAGAAGAGCUAUGAUCCCAAGAUGAAUGUUGUUUCUAAUGCAAGUUGUACUACCAACUGUCUUGCUCCCCUUGCCAAAGUUGUCCACGAGGAAUUUGGCAUAGUUGAGGGUCUCAUGACAACUGUUCAUGCCACAACAGCCACACAGAAGACUGUCGAUGGUCCUUCGAUGAAAGAUUGGAGAGGAGGACGUGGCGCUGCUCAAAACAUAAUUCCUAGCUCCACUGGUGCAGCAAAGGCUGUUGGCAAAGUUCUCCCUGAGCUAAAUGGAAAGCUCACUGGUAUGGCCUUCCGAGUUCCAACACCUAAUGUGUCUGUUGUUGACUUAACCUGCCGGAUCGAGAAAAGUGCAUCCUAUGACGAUGUGAAAGCAGCUAUCAAGGCAGCAUCGGAGGGUGCACUGAAAGGUAUUCUAGGUUAUACAGAUGAGGAUGUGGUUUCCAAUGACUUCGUUGGUGAUGCAAGAUCAAGCAUCUUUGAUGCCAAGGCUGGUAUUGGACUGAGCACUUCCUUCAUGAAGCUUGUGUCAUGGUACGACAAUGAGUGGGGCUACAGCAACCGAGUUCUGGAUCUGAUAGCCCACAUGGCUUUCGUCAACUCCAAGCACUAGUGAGUUGAGAAUCCUCCCAUAGUCUCUAGCUAUAAGAAGGAUGCAAUUUUGACGGUCCUUUAAUUGUGUUUUGGAAUAAGAUUUAAUGUCUAAAACAAUGGAAAAGUGGACUUGAAUGCCCAUGACUUGUUUGUAGCUGGCGGUGAAAUUUAUUCUGCGUCGACCUGAGCAAGCAGAACUGUUGAGUAAA